UUUUAGUCUGUACUCAUAUGGAUUUUACGUUGAAAGUGGCAGUUUUCCUCACUUUGGCUUUUGUUUCAUCUAUACCAGUGCAGCCUGUUUCUGGAGUUAGCGACUCACAAUUGUCAGGUAGGAAGAAAAGGGACUCGUAUGGAAAUGAGGAUAUUGUCACUAAAUUGCCUGGCCAGCCAGCUGUAGACUUCCGGCAUUACGCUGGCUAUGUCACUGUGAAUGAAAAGAAUGGAAGAGCACUCUUUUAUUGGUUUUAUGAGGCUACAACUCGCCCUGAUGAAAAACCACUAGUGCUGUGGCUUAAUGGAGGUCCUGGGUGCUCGUCCGUUGGAUAUGGAGCAACACAAGAGAUUGGUCCUUUCCUAGUGGACAUUGAUGGAAAUGGAAUUAAGUUUAAUAAUUUCUCAUGGAAUAAAGGCAUAUCUGUCAUGCAUCAUCGAUCUAAACUAUUUCUAGUUGGCUCCUGUGCUCCUUUUAUGUUGCUCCCUGAUUGCAAGAGCAUAUAAGAAUUCUUAAUCUCUGUGAACUGUGAUGGUGCAGAAGCUAACAUGUUAUUCCUGGAGUCUCCAAUUGGGGUUGGCUUUUCAUACACAAAUACAUCGACUGAUUAUGAUAAUCUAGGAGAUGGCUUCACUGGUGAGUUGAAUACAAACUUUUGACGCAU